AUGCACAGGGCUCCCACGUCGGCGUCUGUCGCGGCCGCUGCUGCAGCCGCGUGGCUCUUGGGCUCGAGGUCCUUCUCCGAGGGCGGGCUGCGCGGAGUCGGCGGGGGCGCCCGCUGGCGGGUGCCGCCGGGCCGGACGGCCAGGGCGGCGGCGGCAGGCCCUGAGCGUGGAGCUGAUGCGCCGGAAGACAGCAAGGAUUUGUUCGGCGCCCUGAACCGAGACGGCGCAGUGCCCUUGAGCGACAUGAUGGCUUUGAUGGACGAGGACGGUGAUGGGACCAUCAGCCGCGAAGAGUUCGAGAAUUUCAAGAACAAGAUGGGCUCUGGUGGAGGUUCUGGAGGUUCUGGUGGAGGCGUCGGAGGCGGCGACAACGCUGGUGGGGGCGGCCCCGGCGGCGGUGACAGCUCUCCGACCAGCGGCGGCUCUGGCCCUCCCCUCGCGGUCCUGGCGCUGGCGGCGCUGGCCGUCGUGGCGCUGGCCCUCGCGGCCCUGUCCCGCCGCGGGCGCCGCGCCGCGGCCGGCGGGGCGAGCGGGGCGCCGGACGUGCGGCCAGGGAGGGGACGAGGAGUUCGUCUUCGGCAGGUGCGACCAUUAUCGUUGUUCUGCUUGUCGCAGCCGCAUUACUCUGGCAGCAAAUCGUUCAACUGGCCCGAGUUCUGGCGCUGGCGCCGGCUCAGGCCGCCCUGGACGAGGGGCUGGCCAUACUCGGCGUCCCACCCGCAGAGGUCGAAGUUGGUGAAGAAGAGCUUCCAGCCCGACAGAGCUUCUGGCCGAUUGUGGUCGUCUGCCUCGCCGUGGGGUCGGCGACGGUCGCUGGUGUUCUCCAUGCCGCGCGAAAGAGGAGACCGAGCUCAAGAAGAUUCGGACCAUCGGCGUCGGCUCCUACGGUGA